ACCACCGCAAUGCAGCAAUAUGUCCCAGAACCUUGGUCAGUGUUCUUGUUUCAGUGGGGGAGUAUGAAAGUGUCACACCUUCAUUUUAGAGUUUUGUGAGUUGUGUUCAAGUUAGUUAGCUAGCAUACUGCGUGAAGAGUAGAACAUAUAAUGCUCAUUUUUACAGUCAUUUUAAAUCAUUUGUGAAAUGCGUUAGCGCUUAAUUUGUUUAUGAGUUAAGCUAGAGCGUCUACGUUUUUCAUGAGUGAGUGUUAGCAAUGGCGCUGAAGUAUUUUAGGACGUUGAGACCAAUUUUAAGGGCUACCUAUCACAGUAAAACAUUUGGACAGUCGAUAAAGGCGAGCUUGUUGACAGUUAAAUACUACAGCACUGCAACUGGAGGUGAAGACACAGGAACAGUUGCGGGACAGACUGUGGUCACAGAGCGCAGGGGGUCCGUGGUCACCGUGGCGAUAAACCGACCCGAGGUGCGUAAUGCGGUGAACCAGGAGACGGCAAGGCGUCUGCUUGAAGAGCUGGAGGCCUUCGACAGUGACCCAGACUUACACGUGGCUGUCCUGCAUGGGAAAGGAGGGAAUUUCUGUGCUGGUUAUGAUCUGAAAGAGCUGGCCAAUCACCCUGCCUCCCUCAAAUUGGAGCAAGAUGUCACCAAGGGUCCCGGUCCGAUGGGUCCCUCCCGUUUGGAACUGUCUAAGCCGCUGAUAGCAGCAGUCAGCGGCUUUGCUGUGGCUGGAGGACUGGAGCUGGCUCUGCUGGCAGAUCUGAGAGUGGUGGAGGAGAGCGCCGUCAUGGGGGUGUUCUGUCGCAGGUUUGGAGUUCCUCUGAUUGACGGAGGUACAGUGCGGCUCCCGCGUCUCAUUGGUCUAUCACGAGCCCUCGACCUGAUUCUGACUGGACGACCAAUCGGAGCGCAGGAGGCUCUUGCCUACGGACUGGCAAACAGAGUUGUUCCGGAUGGCCAAGCUUUACAGGCAGCCUUGCAGUUAGCAGAGCAGCUCAGCUCCUUCCCUCAGCACUGUCUGCGGGCCGACCGCUCCUCAGCCAUGUACAGCUGCUACGAUGCUCCCUCCUUCACACAGGCCAUGCAGUUUGAGAUCGACCACGGAAUUCCUGUCAUCCAAUCAGAAGCUGUCACCGGGGCAACCAGUUUCACUACUGGAGCAGGAAAAGGAGGAAAAUUCUUCUAGGAUUUAGUUUGCAGAGGCCUUGUGCAUUUCAGGUGAUCUAACACAUCUUGCUGCAUCCAAUGUUUGAUCUGGUCGAUUUGAUAUUAAGAUAAUCCUUACCUAGCCAACCAUAUUAGCUUGUUAUCUAAUAGAUAUAUAGAUAUAUUGACUGGUAGUUAUGUUAAAUACAAGAACUAAGGAAGAAUGUUGUAUUAUUAGGUUUAUUAUUCAUUUGGUUUUGUGUGAGAUGCAAUUGUAAGCAUAGUUUUUGGAGGAAUGACAUCUAAAAUACAGAAAGAUAAAACACAAAGGUAAUGUGAGUCUAAUGUAUAUUUUAAAGCCAUAAUUUGCAGUUCAGAAUACACUGGAGCUUUACCUUUUCAUUUUGGAAAACACUUGUAACAAAAAAAAACUAGUUUUAACCCAAGCUGAUGAAACCAAGAUGCCAUUUUUCUUUCAUUUGGGUAUCGGCCUACUACCCUGAUUUUUUUUCUUUCUU